AUGUCCUAUUCCGAUCGUAUCAAGCAAGUUCUAGAAAGUCUUAAUCCUGAGGUGGAUUAUGUUGGCCAAGAACUAGCCAAUAAGUUGAUGCAUUGUAUUUUCAUUAUUGGGUUUCCUUUGGCCUUUCUUAUCUCUCUUAUAACCAAAAACAUUAUCUAUUUAGUCUAUGCUUUGUGUUUGGUUUUAGGGGCAAGCUUGCUCUUAGUUGUCCCUGCUUGGCGGAUGUAUCGGAAGAACCCAGUUGUCUUUGGGGAGAAGAAAGAGAAGUAG